AAAGCCGAGCAGACAAGUCGCGUAUAGGACGAUGUCCUACGAAACGGGACAACUCCGAUCUGGCUUCUACGUUCAGCCAUCAAGAGUUGUAAGUGAUAUUUGUUCUAUAGUUCGUCGGAGGUGUUCAAUAUGUAAAAUUUUGUGCCAUAUCCAUAGUUUUCUUCACAAUUAGUUCUCAGCGAAGUGCAAUUCUUUCUUGUGUUCGUGAACUGGUAAUACUGGCUGUGUUAUUGUAGGUGAAAUUUCGUAGUGUAGGCAGUAGCCUAAAUUAAUGUGCGUUUCAGUUUCACAACCUCUAAACUAUAAUAUUGCUGUGACUAUGCUGUAAAAACUAUUCAUCAUAAUCUUAUCGACUCUCUAUAUACGAGAUAGAGGAGGUUUCUAUGCAUCAUUACCUGCCAAAGAAGUAUUGAAUAAAUGUUUCCAAACGAAUCUAGUUCAGCCGAGUUAACUUCUAAAACUAAUGCCUUUGUACAAAACUGUGAGAAGGUGCAGCCAAUCAAUCCUACUACUGACCAAGUGCCUGAAUUGAGGGACACAAUCGACUGCAGAGCAGACCAUGCGAUGAAGACUGCACCGAGCACACCUAGCCCCACUACAUCGCACAACGGCUGUGAGCCGUGUGCCUUGCGCAGGGGUUUGGGGGAGGGGGGUCGAGCUGGCUCCCUCCCCCACCCCUCCCUCGCCCCCUCCUUGUCUGUGAUAUCCAGCUCGAACCCUCCGUCCGACACCAUUGCAAGUGGUGCCCUACAGAGCCCAGUAAAAAUGGAAGGCUGCAGCUCCAAUGUCUGUUCAGCCACCCCUAGCUGUAGUGACAUGUACAAGGCACGUUGGGGCAUCGACCGCAUGCUGAGACUGUGUGGUGGUGGAGAGACAGCCACCGCUACCAGCGGCUGGAACAACAAUAACAGCAACAACACCUCAUCCACAACCUACGGCCAGACUGGCUCUAGUGGCUCAGCCCCACAGCCUCAAUGGAACAACAACAAUGGGAAUAAUUCCCAACAGCGACCGAACAACAAUUCCAGCCCCCAACAACCUCAGACAAGUGGAAAUGCAGGGCUAAAAACGACUAACAAUACAGGGGGAAGCCAGGCACCACCAACAUCUCAGGCCCCUACCGCUCCAGCCAGCCAACCUCCUACCAGCCAGCCCCAGACAAAUGGGCAGGCCGGGGCCAGCAGUGGUGGGGGUACCUGGGCUCAGGCUGCAGGUAAAGGAUUGCCCCCACCAGCUCCCACCAACCCUCCCACCCCUACCUCCAACUCGACCAAGCAGCAGCUGGAGCAGCUCAACAACAUGCGGGAAGCCUUGUUCAGUCAGGAUGGCUGGGGUGCGCAUGUUAACCAAGACAGUGGCUGGGACAUUCCGUCUAGUCCAGAACCAGGACAGAAGGAUAGCAACGGCACUCCACUCCCUCCGGUCUGGAAACCCAACAUCAACAAUGGAACGGAACUUUGGGAAACUAACCUGCGUAAUGGAGGGCAGCCGCCACCUCGUGUGGAGAAGUCAACACCCUGGGGCAGUCAUACACCAGCCAGCAAUAUCGGUGGCACGUGGGGUGUUGAUGACGACAUUGGCGACUCCAGCAAUAUGUGGAAUCCCCAGAGCCAGUGGCCAAAUGGACCAAACCAACCUCAGCAGCCCAUGUGGACAGGUGCAGGAGGUCCUAAGAAGGAAACAGAGUGGGGUGGUGGAGGUGGCGGUGGUGCUGGCAACAACUGGGGAGACCCCAGAGGAGCUGUUGGCGGGGCUAUGGACCCCCGAGACCUGCCCCGGGGGGCUGACAUGCGAUCUUCCAUGGUCGACCAGCGAGACCCCAUGCGCAGUGUAAUGGACCAGCACAGAGGUAUGGUUGGUGGUGAUGUGAUGAUGCGUGGAGACCCCCGUGGAAUCAGCGGUCGUCUCAAUGGUGGUGCAAGCGAGAUGUGGCCCCAACAAGCACCUCACCACCUGCCCCCCGCUAAGCCCUGGCCUGGUGGUCCCCCACCAAAGGACAAACCCAACGGCUGGGAAGAACCUAGCCCACCGCAGCAGCGCCGUAAUAUUCCAAAUUAUGACGACGGAACUAGUCUCUGGGGCUCGCAGCAACAGCGUGCCGCCAUGCAAGCUGCCGCCGGUCAAAACAAGGUUUCCCACUGGAAAGAUCUGCCACCAGCUGGCAUGGGACGAGGGAUACCGCCUGGUAUGCCACAGAACAGAAUGGCACCCAAUGACAUGAAGGCUAACAACCCUUCCUGGCCCCAUCCUGUCAGAAAUGGUUCCUGGGAGGGACCACAUGAAGUGGGAGCAGGAGGGCCUUGGCCUGAUGACAAGGUAGGCGUAGCCUCAUGGAACGAUCCUACACUGUUGGGAGGAGGACCCAAGUACAAAAUGGGUUGGGAUGGUGACGUCAAUCCAAUGAACCCCACCACUUGGGAUCACCCACCCAAACAGCCUCAAAAACCUUUGACAAAAGACAUGGUGUGGGCGAGCAAGCCGUUCCGCAUUCUAUCAGAUAUGGGCUUCAAGAAGGAAGACAUAGAGACUGCCCUCCGCAGUUCCAACAUGAUAUUAGAGGAUGCUCUAGACAUCUUGAACUUUUCAACAAACUGGCGCAACCGCCACUCGGAUAUAGAGCCACCCUUUGAUGCUCCUGCCUUUCCCUCCCAGCGCUACAACCCUCAGCAGCUGCCUUUCGCGCCUCCAGGAUCGUCUGGCAACGGUCCGAGCUCCAGCAGCCAAUCAUUGAAUAGCAUGAGUCCUGCCAUCGUACAAAAGAUGAUGACUCAGCAGCCUCCUCCGCAGCAAGCUCCUAGCCAGCCUCCGACACCCUUCACACAGACAACUCGGACCCAACAGCCGAACCAGCCUUCUGCCCAUCAGUUGAGAAUGUUGGUGCAGCAGAUUCAGAUGGCAGUGCAGGCAGGAUAUCUAAAUCAUCAGAUCUUGAAUCAGCCUCUGGCACCUCAGACGCUGAUACUGCUGAAUCAGCUACUGCAGCAUAUCAAGGUACUGCAGGGGCUGUUGCAGCAACAGCAGAUGUUGCAGAUACAGAACCCAUUGGCCAAGCCCAACUCGAACCAGGCCAUGUUGCACAAUGCUGUGCAGAUCACAAAGACUAAGCAGCAGAUCACCAACCUGCAGAACCAAAUCCAGGCACAACAGGCAAUCUAUGUGAAGCAACAACACCAGAUGGCACCACAGGGGGACUUCUUCAAGGGCAACAAUGUCCAUGAUCCCCUUUCUGCCUUACCCUCAAACUUCUCGGAUCUGGCCAUUAACAAGGAGCCUCAACAGCACUCUUCAGCGUUUCAGUCCCAACAGUCCAGACUGACGCAGUGGAAGCUCCCGUCACUGGACAAGGAUGGAGAUAUCGCUGGUGGAGAGUUCAGCAGAGCUCCGGGCACCACGACUAAACCUUCCGGUGGCAACUCCUCACCCAAUCUCAACCCUCUUCUGGGCCAGACCGAUGGAACUUGGAGCCGAAGCAAUUCGGAGGGUGGGUGGCCUGAUUCUGGUGGCGUAUCUGAUGAUAGCAAGGAAUGGCCCAACACUUCCCAGGCCAACAGCCAAGCUUUCACUGACCUAGUACCGGAAUUCGAGCCUGGGAAACCUUGGAAGGGGACACAGAUGAAGAGCAUCGAGGACGACCCAUCUAUCACCCCUGGUUCAGUGGUCCGCUCUCCCCUUUCUCUAGCAACCAUCAAGGACACUGAAAUUUUCAGCAGUGGAGGCAAGACAAGUCCCACAGCAGGAGGUCCCGAUAUGCCUAUUCCCCCUCUUAGCUUGAGCAGCAGCACUUGGAGUUUUAACCCUCCUGCUUCUACAGCUAGCUCCUCGUUCACUAGCCCACUGGGGAAAUUGAGUGGGUCGAAGAGUACAUGGGGAGAGGCGGGACCUGGCAACAAUGAGCUGUGGGGGGCACCCAACAAGGCACGAGGUCCCCCGCCCGGUCUGUCCAGCAACAAGGCCCCCACCGCCAACGGUUGGGGUAGCCUUGGGGGCAGAUGGGGACCACAGCCAUCUCCAGCCACUUGGGGCGCCAACACGACGUGGUUGCUCCUCAAGAAUUUAACACCUCAGAUUGAUGGUUCCACACUGAAGACGCUCUGUGUACAACACGGGCCUUUGCAAAACUUUCACUUGUACCUGAAUCAUGGUAUCGCCCUUGCCAAAUACUCCACAAGGGAUGAAGCCAACAAAGCGCAAGGUGCUCUAAACAACUGCGUGCUGAGCAACACGACCAUCUUCGCAGAGACACUGGGAGACACCGAGGUCCAGUCUCUUUUGGCACACUUGGGGCAACAGGGCGGCGGCGGUGGGGGUUGGGCUCGUGGUGGAGGAAAGGGCGACACCUGGGGAACCGGCUGGCCCCCAGCUGCUAGUGGGGGCACUUCACUGUGGGGACCUGAUCCUCCUGCAGAUCCACACCGGGCCACUCCAUCCUCUCUCAACUCGUUCCUGCCAGGCGACCUCCUUGGCCCCAGCGAUAGCAUGUAAUACGAUCUCCUCUAGCUUUUAGUUCAGCAAGGGAAACAUGUGAAAAAAUGUAUAAAAAGCAAAAAAAAAACACACAGGUUUCCCAAGCCACAAUCAUCAGACUGUUUGUCUAAAAGUAUUUAAGUAAUAAAUUAUUACUAAGAGAUAAUAAUUUAUAUUAUUAACUACUUGGAUAUUUUAUAAUGAUAAUGAGAAUAAAGGUUAUAUGUAACUUAAAUUUUUAUCAGUAUGAUUCUAGUGUUUGUCGCCGACGACGAACACGACGACAUCGAAGUCGUAACGCCGGCUAAUGUAUUUAUUAGGUGAACUGCGCGCUGUGAACUCUGUGUGGCUUUUUUAUCUGUAUUUUAUCACCGACAAAUGAAAUAAGUAAUUACCUCUGUUGUUACGGCUUACCUGUUUUUCUUUUGUAUUUUCUGUUUUAUCACAGACUUUCCGACAUUUGUUAUUCUCGUCUUUAAAAGUAUAGAGAUAAUAUUAUUACUAUUAUUAAUGCAUAAAUCUGUUAGUGUUAGUGUUACGUUUUUCAACAAUGGUGCAAAUUGUGUAUUAAAAUAUUAUAUUAUAUAGAUUUAUAAGUGAGUUUUUCUAAUUUAUAAUUUUACUCGAUAGGCCUUUCGACGUUGCAUGCCCGGUAGUCACCGUGACCAAAACGUUUGACAGGGAUUCGAUUGUUUUUAGUUUUCUCAGAUUAUUGUUUGUCUUCCAAAAACCAAGUUUUGGCAGCGGUUUUGUGUCGCGGUGUCCCGGUGCAACACGUCUUGUCUGAAUAAUUGAAUGCCAAUUUUAGUUCUUAAGCCGAACUGUGUAGUUAGUCUGUCACGGGUGUACAUACUGUCGUCGUUUUAUUUCCUUGUUUUUAGAAGAUAAUAUGUGUGCUUAAACCUCUUCUCUAUUGCCAAUCUCGUACCAAAUAUUAUAUUAUAGGGUAUCUUAUACGAACAUAGAUAUGUUUGUACAGUAGGCACAGAGUAUAAGUCAAUAGUUGUAAUUAGAUUGUGAAGAGAUACAAGGAGGUGUAGAAGACAAGAAUCUGAGGCCUCUUUGCUCAUAAUCUCCAGUACUUGUGAUAUCGGUCAAGUGAUACGUACGCAGUUUUGGCUGUACACAGAUUAUAUAGAAAUAUAUAUAUUGCUAACUCUAGUGUUAAGGUUGAUAUAAGCUUACUUUUGUUCCUUCUUGAUUUUAAGUAGACUCGGUUGCAGAGCUGGCGCGACCCUAGCCGCGUUUCUAGUCCGACUUUAAGGAUCAGCAAAAGAGUACCUGCGUGGCGCUCGGUCGGGCCAGCUCACGCGAUAUUCCACGAGGGACCGUCCAAGGGAUAUCGUCUCAGACGCAGUUCCUUGUUCACUACUGCCUCCACGAAUCCCCGCGUUGUCGCGUUCAUGUUACCAUCGCAGUCUCCAGCGAGGUUCCCGCUGUCAAGUCUUAGUUAAGAUAUUUUUGCACAAAUUCAACACAGGACAUUAAAACAGAGUCGAAGUGUUUGUAAUAUAACUCUCGGGUAACAUUUCAUCAGCUGUAGCAUAGCUCUCCUGUGAACAAAGGACGAUCAGAUAGCCUCUUGCCUUAGUUCUUGCGGUUACCAUUUUUUACUCUUAAAAUCGCUGAUCGGUCGUAGAUUGUUUUGGAAAAUUUUAUUGCAUUUUAAAACCUGAACUAACUGACAAUAUUUUUGGACAAAUGAGAUUUAAAUGUUUUUAUUUCCACUCGUUUUUACUACUCUCUUCUACCUUUGUUUUAUUAUUGGGUAAUUUUACCAUCACAGUUUUCGGAGAGAUGUCUGCUUUUCUGGUGCUAAAAGACAACAAUAAACUAUCGAAAGCGAACCGAAUCUGAUCGUCUGCCCUUCCCCUUAUGUGAUUCAAGUGCCACUUUUGUUUGAGAAUAAUUAUGAUAUUCGAUGUUGUACAAUUGUUAAAAUAAGAGUGUUGAAAAGUUUUAACUUAAAAAGUAUUGAGACAUAAAGAUAAAAAAAAAUAUAAAAAAAUGUAGCGAAUGGUGUAUGAAUGUGAUGUCACUAAUGUAAGGGAAUGUAAGAGCUAGAGCGCUUUCUGCCCCCCCUCCCGACAAUCAUGUUGAGUUGCCAGGAAACACCAAUGUCGCAAGUAAGACUGUUUAGCAAUAAACAAGCAUUUGUCGGUUGUCUGUUUCUCCAGUUUGUCUGUUUGUUCGUUUGUCCGUUCCACGGUCAAAGACAGAAAGCGCUCUCGCUCAACCAGCCAUAUCAAUAAUUAUGUCAAUAUUAUUAUGUAGUUUUUUUAACUACCACAAAGAGACUUAUGAAACCAAUAGAGGUCACUCCAGUCAAGUUGUAGUCUAUGUUCGUUUGUUGUUAGUCCAUAUUUUUUAUUUUAUAAUUUCAUAUAGUUUCUACGAACACAGAAGAGAACUCGUUGAUUUUAUUUUGGAAGUAAUAUUGUUUUAGUUCUUUCGGAGCAGUUUUCCUUGGCCCGAUCACACGUAGCACGGGGUGAGCAGCUUACUCUUCCAUCGUCGCCCUAGUGUCCGUUUGUUUGUUUGUUUGUUUGUUGUAGAUUAAUAACUCGGGUUUGUGGGUUUUGUUUUGCGUACGAUUCUAUACCAUAGUAUGUAAGUUAGCAUAAGUGUAUCGGUUAUGGUUUAGUCAUCAGGGUUUAAAAAGUAUUCACAAAUUUCAACCGUACCAAGACUGAACACCCCAUGGGGGUCCGAGAUCUGUAAACAUGACAGGAGAGGUUACCGACUCCCCUGACGUUGCCGACGUUGUCACAGUGACGUGGUUGAUAAUGUCGCCUCUCUCAACUAGAUCUCUAGUCUUCUGUAGCUUCACAACUCUAGCAUUUAUUUAUGUGGACGUGCAAUCGCCCGCCGUCCCUGUCCGUCUUGCCGUUUUAAAAUACUUAAUCUGUCGUCAAUGAAACUUCUUUUUCUACUAGACUGCUUAAAAUAAUUUAUCUGUGAGUACAGUUGAAUGCUGCUGAUCUGGAGGCUUAAUGCAUACAUGGAAUUUUACUUAAUCAUGAUGUUGUUUUAAUUGCAUAUUUCAACAUUAAGCAGCAUUAAUAGGAACAUACCAUUGAUUUGAAAGAAAAUUAUUCACUAUAGUUUGUAUACACACAUUAUAAUAAACAAGAACAACUGUAAUGGUCUAAAUCUCCCCGCCUGUAUUUUUAUGAACAGUUAUUAUUUUACCAGUUACACAUAUAUUAGUGAGAGUGUUAAGGUGUUUUGUUUAGAUUGAUUUAUUUUUUACUUGUAAACUACCAGUUAAGAGAGUAAAAAGCUUUACCUUAAUUUUUCAGUGUGUGUUCAUUAUUACAAAAACAUACCCAAACUAUCUAAAUUUUAAACUCUGAAUGUUUAGAAAUGAACGUGGCAGGUCCUAACUUGCAUCUUAAGUCAGUUUCAUAAAUAGACAUAUUUGUUUUUUAAUAGAAAUAUAUUAAAAUUUUGUAAAUUUGUAUCAUACUAACUGGUUUGUAAUUUUCCUUGUAGCAAAUCUUUUAUUCUGUUUAAGAUAAUCUGCUUACAAUAAUGGACUACUUAAAGUUUCUGUAUUAAAUACUUAAUGGCUUAGAUGGGUGCGAACAAAGACAGAUGAAGUAUUUUAAAACAAACUAAUUUGACUGUUGGCAGUCGCUCAUGCUCAAAUUGGUUCAGAGAUCGGUUGGUUCAGGCCUCGAUCCUUAAAGUGCCUUCACAGUCGAGUGCAAUUUAGUUGUUAGUUAGCCUAAGCUAAGGUCCAGGCUUCAGUUCAUGUGUUCAUCUCCAACUGUCUAGCCUUAGGUUUAAGUUUGGUUAGUUUUAGUUGCUGUCUAAGCAAUAAGACGCCGCGGCCUUACUUACAUUCCACCUGUUUGACGUCAAUAUUCCAACCAGAUCACACCUCCAGUUGCUCAUUCGGUGUGUGCGCGCGGUUUCCGAUUCUAAAAACGACACCAAAAAUGAAUGUUUAGACUUAGUUGACUGCCAUCGAAGACUGUCCCCGUUACGGUUCUGUUGUCAUUCCUCCUCUACUGGCAUUACCGCGGGCCGCUUUCCGUUUGAUUUUGUAAAACCGGCGAACAAAUUCCAAACUGAGGGCUGGCGUUUCACGGUGUUAGUUCCAUUGUUUCCCCUGUCAGACUUACUGGGCCCUAAACUGUAUAUAAUACUCCUCGAUGUAAUGUAUCUUAAGUAUUAACUUUACUAGUAAUAUCUACUGUAAAUAAGUAAUAAAAUAAUAAAAAAGGGUGUUGCAAAACAGAUCAUAUUUUGCAUGUUUUCUAUUAUUUAAAACCGUAUAAUAAUAUAAAUUAAGACGUAUUAUUAUUGGACAGUUUAAAAACUUGUUGGUACGCUCAAGCGAUGUGUUAGGGUACUGUAGCGGUUUUUAUGAAAUCAAACUGACUCAAUGUGAUAAUUCUGUAUGCACUCAGAUCUCAAGACAGCUCACCAUCGUUAAAUCUAUGACAAAUAAUUUAUUUUUUUGUUUAUCUGCUCGUUUUGUUUGUGUAUAUUUUCGCAUUUUAAUUUUUAAGUGUCAACAACAAUAAAGCCUGACCCUGGUCAAAGGUGACACGCCCUAGUGUGAUAUGUUAAGGUUUUUUAAUACUCUAGAAUUUUCUUUAAGGGAAGCUUUAUUAUUCGAUUGUUUGUAAGUGAUUUGUAAUACUUUUCAGUAUGUAGUGCCAAAAAAAAAAAAAUUCAGAUCCAAAAAAAUAAAGAAUUAAAGUAUUAUAAAAGUUUUAUAUAUUUGUAGUAAAGUAAUUGUUGACUUGUCAACCUACUGUAUUGUAAACGCUUAGCAAAUAACCAAAUUCGCAGUUUUGUUUUUGGUUAACGUUUAGUUUCUCUCUAUUCGUUGUUUAGUGUGUUAAGUAAAUAUCGGUUGUCACUUAGGUAAGUUAAGUAAGUUAGUGUAAGUUAAGGAGUUGUGAGUUAUGGCGGCAUAUCAACCACGUGAGACCGAACUUACAUCACACCAGUCCUAUGUAUAUAGUAAGGACCCAACUCAUCAUCACAAGGCGGUAGCGGGCGGGAUCGGCGGCAAGGCGAACGUUGUCGUCAUUCAUCGCCUUGCAAUUACGUUUUCCAAAAUUAGCUUUAAUAAAGUUAGCGUAAGAGUGUUAAAACAGAGUAGAUUGUAUUUUUGUGACCAGCGAAUCUGUCGUUUUGCCGCCCUAUCUCGUCCUCCUCUCCCGCCCACACACGCCUCGGUCUGUGGCCUAAUCGAGUUCUCUGACAAUACGUUAGGAGCGGAAACUGUUACCGAACCUAAACGCAGGUCUUUUAGUUUUUAGAGAAGGUGUUCACUAUUUUUAUGAACUGUUAGUGCGAGUCCGAGCAGGCCGGUGUUCUAGUCCAGUGCCUGAGCGUAUGCGUAGUGCGCGAUUGUUGUGGUGUAACACGGUCGUAUCGUCAAGUCGGGAGCCCCCCUCAUAUCUCCACCGUACAGGUGCGACACAAUGUAAGUUAAGUGCUUUUAAUAAACAACUCAUGUACUACCAACAACCCUAUGUACAGGACCAGUAUGCAUUCAAUAAAGGUUGUCCUAAAUGUCUGUAUUUAA